AUGGCCCACGAUAACCCCGACGAGAUCGACCUGUCCGAGGAUGAGCUGCAAGCCGACAAGGACGUCGAAGUCGACGAGGAAGCCGCCAUGGCUGCCACCAUGGGCUUCACCAGUUUUGGCGGUGCCCGGCCCACCGACGACGACACGGAGGCCAACAGGCCCCCCAAGAAGCGCCGCUUCAAUCACGGGCUCGACGAAGCUGUCGUUGCGCAUUCUGGUGGGGAAAACUACUCCGGUUCCGUCGCUGAUAACGAAGCUUUUGCGACUAGCGCCAACGCCGUAAUCACCGGGCCGCGAUCUCAGUCUCAAUCUCAAUCUCAGAAUCGGCCACUAUCCCCGUCCUCCCACAGCCUUCCACCCAACCCUCACGGCCUCCCCAGCCGUCCGCCACCCGUAGUGUCGGCUGCCGCCGCUCAAAUACACCAACAGCCCCCCUUCCAUCACCACGGCGGCCAGGCCCACCACAACCAACCGCACAAUUCCCUCCCAACCGGAGGUCACAACUCUCGCAGCCACGGGGGCCAACAGAACCCGCUUUGGUACAUCAACUACUACGAUCACAGCAGCAACAGGAACCCCUGGGAAGAGCUGGAGCAGCUCAGGGGGCUGGCGCCCGUGGGAUCGUGGAUCGCUUUCUCUGGUGGUGGGGAUGGUGCAAGGGGGCGGGGAGGAAGAGAUGGGGGGAGACCAGCAACUGCUGGGACUGAGGAGGGGCAGGAAGUGGAUGUGGCUGCUGGAUGA